UUCCCAUGAGUCAGUUGUGCUCAACCGGUCGCGAACGGCGGACUAUGCGGUGUUGGGUACAUUGAAUAACUCUCGUACGUUUGCCAUACCGAGAAACCGAACGACACGCGUGGUGACGCGGUCUUUGCUUUCUUCUAACGUUUCUUUACAAGGAAACAACACGGUCGUUUAGCAGCGAUCAACACAGUGAUCGAGAAAAACGGUCCGCUGACUACUAGUGCGCGAUACUAAUUCGAGUUUUGCAUAUCGCGACUUUGUCGAAGUGAGCUGAAUCUGUGACAGAAACGUCGCUCAAGAGACUCCAGAAAUGAGAAAACUUAUGGAGAAACAGCUGUCCUGGCUUGCACUCUUGAUGACUGCAUUCUACUCUUUGCUCGGCAGUUGUCGAAGCCAAGAGUGCGGGCACGAAAGAUUGGUGAAGUGUGGGAGGCCUUUCGAGAGGAUUAGCAACAGCGACCUGAGCUUUGCAACGAAGAAAGAGGAUCUGCAACGAUUAUGCCCAGACUUCGAGGCUGGUAUAAAGUGUAUUCAGACGUACACGUUCGACUGCAUGAAGGAGAAACAAAGGGAACACUUCAGCUCCCUGUAUGCUGGUACCAACAAGGUGGUCAUGGAGCUGUGUCAAGAUGGCCCUUAUCAGGACGAAUUCCUGAAGCACGCGCCUUGCAUGCAAAAGGUGCAGCCCGAGUACGAGCUUUGCUCGAAGAAAUAUCACAGAACCACACAGGAGAUUGAAAGAAGCAAUCACACGGUGAGCCUGAACGCGUCUCUCAAGUCUCUUUGCUGUGGGUUCAAGGAAUUUUUGGAAUGCUCCCAUCACACGGUUCGUCGGCAAUGUGGCGAUGACACGGCUCAAUUUGCAAAGGAGUUCCUUGAUAGAAUGUCGAUCUCGCUUCUGAAGGAACAUUGCGGGGCUUACACGGAAAAGGUGUGCUCGAUCGGCAGCGAUGCAAAUACGUUGAGAGCGUCGACGAUGGUUGCGGUGGUGUUGGCGGUGCUCGCGAGGUACUUCACGUAAGGCGAUCAAGCAGCACUCGUAGCCGGAAAGAGGGGACGAUUUCCGUGCACCGCGAGCACCCUGCUGAAACUGAAGCCCUCCGUUCGUUCUCCGUUCUUCAGAUUUGCCAGAGUGUAUUUUUUUCAUUAUAUCAAAUGAGGAAAAUUGACGAGGCACGCACACGCGAGCUUCUCGAGUACUCUUUACUAUGAAUAAAAAAAAAAAAAUAAUAAUAAAAGAUCGAAGGAGGAUAAUAACAGAGAGGGUAGAGGACAGUUCGCCACGAAGAAUCGUGGCCAGUGGAUGAUCAAAGAUGAUCUGGAACGAUACGUCUCGCGUGUCGCGUGAAGGAAAGAACAGAGUUGCAAUCUGGGAAGAGAGCAUCGGAUAAGCGUUUAGAAAAGGCCGUGAUUACCGGUCGAAAUAAGUUCUAUUUUUAUCUCGGUGUUAUCAAGUACCACUGUCAACCAAUACUCCAGACAUCUCGAACCGAUCGAUCGAGUAUGCAUUCAAUUCUCACCCAUGAACUGUGAAAAGCUCAAGACAGACACCGAAAAAUGAUCUAAGAAUUCAGAGAGAAUUAAGUUGAAAUUACUUCCAUUAGAAAUAUCAGAAGAAAUCAGAUUUAGAGUAAAGAAAUUCGAAUUUUCAUCAAUUAGCGAGUUAACUAUGUUUUGAUUGCUUGGAACUAUCAGUUUUAUUCAUACCGAAUCGACAGAGAAUUGACGAGGUAGUCACUAAAAGUACAAAUACCGUAUAUUUUGCUAGAAACACCAGCCACUAGCACGUGUAUUUCCAACGAAAAGAGGAAUUAAAUGAAAUAUUUUCAGAAGCAACAACCUGCAAAUAAAUAAACUUGCUUCACAUCCAUACGCCUCGAACAGAAUCGACGAGCCAAGCUCGGUAUCAUCGCGACGAGCAUCUUUCUAUCUUGUCUCGCGACAAGUGGAGCGCUCGUUACAAGGGUUGUUUCGUGUACAGUGCUCGGAAAAUGUUCGCGGAACCAGGUGGAAUGUUGGCCGCUGAAAAAGAAGAAAAAAUCAAAGAAACUCGUAACUGGGGGAUAGGCGUCGAAAAACAUGAAUGAAUCAUUUUAAAAUGAAAAACUGAUCGCCUGAAGUUUUCUAAAGGAAUGCUAGCUGUUAUUUCAGAAGAUGAAAUGUCAUGAUCAGAAUGUACAGAACAGUGUGAACGAGUGGCAUUCUCUAUGCACUCAAGUGAACUGGAAAGAGGAAAGGAGGCGACACGGGGUUGAAAAGCGGCGAGAAGAGGAUGCUUCCGGUAGCGUCUCGGCUAUCGGUGUGAACGCGAAAAGAUGGCGGGACGAGUCUUUCAAACGGUUGAUUCUUCCACUGAAAAGGAAUUACUUCCAGCGUAGUGGGUGAAAGAAAGUUACAUGGAGACAGGGCUGCGGCAUUGACCGUCUUUUUCAGUAAAGAAAUUUUCGAUAGCGAUGUGCCUAGACAGGUGUAAGAAGACCGGAGAAGAAAGACAGAAUUCUGAAGUUUGUUGUUUCGAAGGGACUUCGGUUUUCCCUGGAGAGAAGAAGGCAAUCAGUUAUCAGGAUCGACCAGAUAUUACAUUGCUUCGGCGAUAAAUGAGAAACUGAGACAAGGAGCAGGUGUAUGGCGAGUCUCUUUUUGAAAUGAAAUUUAUGUUAGUUUUGUGUCUUCACCUUUGCUCGAAGACUUUUUCAAGAACUAGCGAAUCCAUUUCCGAAAAUAUCGGAAAAGGCUGUUAAAAAUUCGGAGAAGGAAAAACGGAGAAGGUGUUCACGCAGAGUGAAUGCUAGAGCAGGAUACGUUUUGGGCGGGAAAAACGAUCGUUUUCUUCGAAAUGUUUGCACGAGGAAGGUGAAGGUAGGUUGGAUAGGAGAAGGGUUGAAAAAGGACAGGGUGUAAUGGAAAACGGAGAGGAAAUGGAUCGUGUGUCAGCUGCUUCGACGAGGUGUGAUUUUCGCGCACGUACCGUUUCGAAACCCGCUCUAAAUAGCAAGCAGCCUGCGAGAGAGCCGAGAAAAAUGAUUUUCCUUCUGUGAUCGCGUGUCACACGUGCCACGAUCACGGAAAAAUCACUGCCAGAAGAGGAUUUCGCUCUUUUUGGUAUGUGCCGUUUUCUAUCUUAACGUGGGAACUGUCGUCCUCGAUAUAUGUACGUUGUUCCAUUCUUUUCUUUGAAUAUUAUUCCAUUUAUUCGAUUCAUCUGAACAACCUGUUGCAGCAGCUUCGAACGAUAACACGUAGGCAUAUUCAAUUUAAAAAAUUGUAAAUUUUUUUUAUCCUUUUUAUUUUCUAUACGUCGAGUGUUGGAACUUAAUCAUUUAAAUGAUAAAGUUUAGAAUUAAUUAUUCCUUCGAAUCUUGGUAAUUAAUUUUUUAAAAUUAUUUUUAUAAUCUCUUAUUUUAAAAAGGUUUCUCUCGUUGAGACACCCGGUAUACUAGGAUUCGAUAGAAUACGGAUGUCUCAGGAAGAUACGGAUACGGGGUUGAUGUGUGUAAUUUAUGCACAUUUCCAUCACGCGAUAAGCUUCAUGAUAUAUCUUGUAACGCGUGACAAAUAGAUCGUUACAAUGCUAUUGUUGAUUAGGCGACUCGAAUUCGGACCUAAAGAUCAUUCAGUUGAAUCGAGAAACAGUAUUCCAUCGCUUCGAUUCGAAACUAUUCGCAUCGAGUAUAUUAUUGAUCAUUAAUUUUUCUUUAAAAAUUCAUUAAAAAUAUCAAAGAUUAAUAAUCUAUGAGAUAGAUUAAAUAAAUACCUUACGUAAUUUAGUUUCCUGGUAGCAAACCCGUAUAGUUCGGUAUCGUUUCAAAGAUAGAUGCUCAAUAUUAGUUUCCCUGUCAACAAAAUGUUACCAGUUUAUCUUUAGACCAUAGUAAAGGAAAUACUGUUGGUAAAUAGUAAGUUUGCACGUGUAUGCCGACUGUGCUGUCUAUGAGUAAAGGACUUGGUGGGUUACGAUUCUGCACCACUGAAAUAUCGAGCUCGAAACUGAACGAAAAUAUAAAUCUCUGUCCGGGGAACCUUUAUUGAAAAAUGUUUUAUGUUUUCAUGAUUUCUCAUAAAAGUACGACGCGGUAGAUUUUCAGAAAGAAUCAUUGUAUCGAAGAAAGAUAUGGUAAAAAAAUUAACAUUCAAUAACAAUUGAAGCUCUUUAAGAAAUUUCCUAAUUAUUUUCAUUAAUCUAUAGAUUGGUUUGCAAGGUUCUUGAAUGAAAUUGAAUUUCUGAGAAAUCGAUAUGAAAGGAAAGCCUUGGACAAUAAUAAUCAAUCAAAAAAAAGCAUUAUGGAUUAUUUUACAGAAAAUUAUUGUUCUCAGAAAUGAAGUUCCUAAGAAAUCGAACAAGUUAUCUUGCGAAAAUAAAGUGGUGAAAAAAAUAAAAUAAAGAAAAACAUGCAGAUUGAAUACAGAGACAAGGUAUAUAGCAAUAACAGGCAUGGUGAUUCAGUUUUAUUUGUCCAACUGUGCGCGUACUGGAAUGUCACGGGAGAAAUAAAAGCUAGAGAAUGAAAGGGGAAAAGAAAGGGUCGUGGUUGGCCUUUCAUUCGCUCGUCAGAGUUGUAAUUUAGUAUUCACAUUCAUGGACAUUGCAGAGUAAUUACCGUGCCAGUUAAUUGACACGGUCAAUGGGUGGCCUGUGCGUUGAAACCCGCAGGUUUCAUCAUUAGACCUUUUCGAAUUCUGUUUCUAUCGAGAAUCAAUGGAAGUUCGAUGCAACAGAACGUUUCACGAUAUUCCAUACUGUUUCUCAUGCUGGCAAACCUACGGGGAAAUCCGGGAACCGAGUAAGCCUAUGUGGAGGGUGGAGGUGUUUCCCUAGGGAAGCCUACUUUGCUCGAUACUGUACACUCCCCCACGAAGUUGUUGCUCCAGGUUCGAAGAAAAAAUCUAAUUUAAUAGAUAAUAAUUUGCAACAAAAUUUUUCAUUCGAAAUAAGAAUUCACUGAAAAAGAAAAAAGGACAUUUUCCCAUUUUCCUUUCGAUAGAACGGUCACCUUUAUCCGCAAGAUUAUUAAUUUUUAUAACUUUCUGUUAAUUUUGUAAGAUAUAUUACGUAUUUUUAUUUAUUUAUUACCUUAAAUUGUUUCUCUAAAUACAACUAGUCAGGCGUUGUUAAAUUUUCUGUCUUAGAUCGGCCUUUUUAGAAUACCUACUAUUUUAUUUGAUGUAUCGAUGUACGUGAUAUUUAAACUACAUGAAUGUUUUAUAAAAUUUUCGCGAUCACGGAUAUUUAAAUCGUUCAUUUUGAAACGUGUUUGCUAAUUUAAAAAAAAAAAUAAUGUCACGUGCGUUGAUCUAUCAAUAUGUUCAAACGUGCAUAUAAUUCUCUCCUUUCUGCUUCUAAUAUGAGGCAACACGACCAAAAUGAACUGUUUAUUUUAUAGGAAAUCAAUUAAUCGUGUUGAAUAAAAUCGAAUUGAAUUUUCUAACCAACACUCAAACGUUUACAAGAGAUUACAAACAAAGAAUAAAUACGCUGUUUUAGUUGAUCGUUAUCGAGAUACAACCCACCGAAUACUCGUGUUCAAUUGAACGAUAAUAUUUCGUAACAUGUUCGCAGAGUUAGUUCAUACAGCAACAAAUCAGUGGAUCAUUUGUAAUUACAGAUAUACCAUGGAUUUUAUUCCAUAAUUUAAAGUUGUUCCUGUAUGAGUGCUCGCAUAGCGAUCGAUUAUGAAUUACACAAGAAGAGAAAAUGAAGGAAAAAAGAAAAAGAAAUAGAGAAGCAUGCAUUUCGCGAUACAUUCUACGUUUAGUGAGUAACUGUGCUUACCGAUUUUACGUGGAAAUGGAAAGAAAUUCGUAAUCGAAACAGAGUUCCACUCUGAUGGAUCGUAAUGGGUUAAGACUUGGAAAAUAAAUUCUAGUCGGCAAUUUUCGAUCGACGAAGCAUUAGUGAAAGAUUAGAAAAUCGCGAAAAAUGAUGUAAAAGUUGGCGGUAGUCCUUUGACGUCGAAAACGAUCGCAGUUACUCUAUUUUUCUACCGGGCGAAGAUUAACAAUUACCUGUCUCUCGGAUCUGCUCGCCGAUGUCUUCCGGAGAAUGCUGACUCGGGUACUUUUUGAUCUUGGCCGUUUUCAUGAUUUAACGUUCCUUUUUUUUGUGGCCACUUGUAUCGUGGUCCUGCGCUCGAUAGGGGACGAGAUUUUUCCCGACGACUACACCGUUCGUAGUCAUCAUCAGCGCCAUUGUUUAGCCCCGACGAAUAAAGCUCGACCAUUAAUCAAUCGUUAAUGGAUUUGUACAUAGUAGUUAUUAAACGCCAAUUUAGGAAGUAUCGUGUGACCCUGCAGCGAUACACAGGGACACACCAAGAUGAAAGUCGAAUAUUUUGUCAUUUGAAAGUAUCUGUGUAAGGGUGAAUAAAAUUGUUAAGCGAAAUUUUGUGAGUGUUAGAUACGUUUUUUUUUUGUGGUAGUUAAUUAAUGAAAUGCAAGUAUUAUUUUAAUCGUUUCAGCGUGCAAGGUGUAUGCGUCUUCUUAUUGAAAUAUUUAUUCUUAUUGGCGUUCACGAUGUUCGUGCUCUGUAUCGCAUAGCUCAUUAUUUAUUUAUUUAUAAGUUAAAUAAACGAAUUUAUUAAAAGA